AAGAUUCACACGUGAAAACGGUGUGAAUAUAAAAAAAUAUUUUGUUGAAGGAGAAAGAAAAAAAAUUCAAUUUAAAUUAAAUAUGCCAAUAUUUCCACAGCGGAAGUUAACUUUCAAGCAUCCGAAACAGAGAGAAUUAAGAUUAAAUUCAGUUGCCAAAUAUAAUGAGGAUAUAGAUGAUUUUAAGAAUAUUAAAAUCAAGUUGAGUAAUGAAAGGGAGCUUCAAUUUGUCGACGGCGAGUGGAUAAGCAUUAAUAAGAGUCAGCAAGAAGAAUUUGAUGAUACUGCAAGGUUGGUGAGGGAGAAUAAAAGAUUAGAGAAUGAAAAUUCUACUUUAAAUGUGAAAAUGGACAUUAUGUUGGAUUUACUCACCGAGUGCAUAUCCGAGAAGGAAGCAAUUGCGAAAAAGUGAGGCAAAAAAUUUCAUUUUAAUAAAUGCAAAAUUGUUUACAUGGACGGAAGCAAAUUGAAUUUCAGUUUUUAGAUAAUAAUUUGAUUUUUGUGAAUUAUGAAGGAAUAAAUUAAAUUUUAAACACAUUUUGG